UCGCCCCCGGGAGGGCCCGAGGGGUGCGCGGCGUUGCGCAGUCCCCGUCGUCGCGGUCCGGCCCGGCGGCGGCCACCCAGUCGUCCGGCCACGGCCGGUCCCCGUGGCCCCGCGGGGCCGCCAUGCCGCCGCCGGGCCGGGUCCUGCUGUGGCUCGCUGUGCUUCUGGGCCCCGUCCGCGCCUCGCCGGAGUCCGCGACGCCGAGCAACUUGACUCCAGAGGCACGGAAUGUUCUCCUUAUCAUCGUGGAUGACCUGCGUCCAUCCCUUGGCUGUUACGGGGACAGGUUCAUCCGGUCCCCAAACAUUGACCAGCUGGCCUCCCGCAGCCUCCUCUUCCAGAAUGCCUUUGCUCAGCAAGCAGUGUGUGCUCCAAGCCGCGUGUCCUUUCUCACCGGGAGGCGACCUGACACAACCCGCCUCUAUGACUUCAGCUCCUACUGGAGAGCGCAUGCUGGAAACUUCUCCACGCUCCCCCAGUACUUCAAGGAGAAUGGCUAUGUGACCAUGUCCGUGGGCAAAGUCUUUCACCCCGGAAUAUCUUCAAACCAUAGUGAUGACUCUCCGUAUAGCUGGUCGAUCCCACCAUAUCACCCCUCCUCGGAAAAGUACGAGAACACCAAGACAUGCAGGGGACCCGACGGAGGACUCCAUGCCAACCUGCUUUGCCCUGUGGAUGUGGCCGAUGUGCCCGAGGGAACCUUGCCUGACAAACAGAGCACCGAGCAAGCCAUCCACUUGCUGCAGAAGAUGAAGACGUCGGCCAGUCCUUUCUUCCUGGCUGUUGGGUACCAUAAGCCGCACAUCCCCUUCAGAUACCCCAAGGAAUUUCAGAAGCUGUACCCCCUGGACAGCAUCACCUUGGCUCCCGAUCCUCAGGUCCCGGCCGGCCUCCCGCCUGUGGCCUACAACCCCUGGAUGGACAUCAGGGAGCGAGAGGAUGUGCAGGCCUUGAAUCUCAGUGUGCCCUAUGGCCCGAUUCCCGUGCACUUUCAGAAGAAAAUUCGCCAGAGCUACUUUGCGUCUGUUUCCUAUUUGGACACCCAGGUUGGUCAGCUUCUGAGCACAUUGGAUCAUCUUCAGCUGACCAACCGCACAAUCAUCGUGUUUACCUCCGAUCACGGGUGGGCUCUCGGUGAGCACGGCGAAUGGGCCAAAUACAGCAAUUUUGACGUGACUACUCGAGUUCCUCUGAUGUUCUACGUGCCCGGAAGGACAGCUCCACUUCCAGAGUCAGACCAGAAGCUUUUCCCUUAUAUUGACCCUUUUGAUUCUGCACCAGAAUCGAUGGAGACAGGCCGGCAAACUGAAGACCUGGUGGAACUUGUCUCUCUCUUCCCCACGCUUGCGGGUCUUGCAGGACUGCAGGUUCCUCCUCGCUGCCCCAUUCCCUCAUUUCAUGUCACGCUGUGCAGAGAAGGCCAGACUCUGCUAGAUCAUUUUCGGUUCCGUGACUUGGAAGAGGAUCCCUCCCUGCGUGGGAAUCCUCGGGAGUCCAUCGCCUAUAGCCAGUACCCCCGGCCUGCAGAUUUUCCUCAGUGGAAUUCUGACAAGCCAAAUUUAAAAGAUAUCAAAGUCAUGGGCUAUUCUAUACGCACAGUAGAUUAUCGUUAUACUGUGUGGGUUAGCUUUGAUCCCCAUGACUUUCUGGCCAAUUUCUCUGAUGUCCAUGCAGGGGAACUCUACUUUGUAGACUCUGACCCUCUGCAGGAUCAUAACAUGUAUAAUGCUUCUCAAGGUAUAAGACUACCUGUCUUGUACACCUUAAACUCUGCAAACCCGAAGGGCAUCCCUAAUCCCCCAUCCCGGCUGUGAGAAUGAGUUAUGGCUGAUGAUUUUAUGAUUAUAUAAUACUGAAACCAGUUUGGGGUGUAGGCAGACAUGAAUGCAUCAACCAUCUGUCCUAAAAGUAUGUAUAGCCAGCCUCUGGUUUAGACUCUGUCAGUUUCUAGAUGGUCAUUGGACUGAAUCAUUCCCCCCUUCUUUCUAUAUUUAUUGCACAAAAUAAAAACACACACUCAAAUGAUCAUGGCUUAAUAAAGCACAAAAUAUAGUCAGCAAAUGCUUCAUUUGUGGAAUUUAGUGUAUUUCAAAAAGUAGCCAGGUAUCUUAAGUUUUUGUGGCGAGUUCUGGUUUUUGUCUUUGUAAUUUUAGUGCUUUAUGAACUCCAUAUAGUCAACAGGUUAUAUCAACAUAUAAUCCAGUUUUUUUCCUUUAAAGUGAAAUUAAUAAUUCUUGAUGCCAUGGCUUUAAAGUCUUAGCUUUAAUUUUUAUUUUUAUAGUUCUACAUUUUUAAAGUUGAAAGAUGUACCAAGUGAUAAUGUGGAAUUUUUACAUCAAAUAGUAAGUGAUGCUCAGUGAACUGGAGACAAAAGAUGUGUGGUAAAUGCAGUUAAAAAUUUCCAGAGACUUUCUGUACCAUAUAAUUGAUUUGACAAGUAAUAGCAUCUUUAAAGGUAAAGGCACCAGUAUUCUCAGUGGAAAGUAUCUAAAGGUACAACUGUACCCUGAAUGUAGUUACUCAUAACUAUAUCACUGUUCUCCUUCUCUAAGGGUUUGGUUGCAGACCAACAUCCAUUUAUCCAGAAGGCAAAAUGUAUUCAGCUUUUCAUUACUACUAAAGGCAUUAAGUUUUUAAAAUUCUAAGUUUAAAGGUAUGGAAACUUAUCAGUCCUAAAGUGUAGUUCUGAAUAUCCUGUCAUCUUACUUUAAAGGGAUGGACAAAAUCAUAACUCACAAUAUGUUGAAACUGAUAGAUGAUCAAUAGACAUCAGAUGAGGCAGCUUUUUUUUGGUAGAUACCUAAUGUAGUAUUGUAUCAGUAGGUGGUUUAUUCUCUUAAGUGCAGCUUAAGUGUUUAAAAGUGUUUGUGAAACAGAAUAUGGCAAAUCAUAUUCAGUGUAUUAGGUUGUAACCCCAAAAGGCAAGAUAUUAUGUUGAAAGAUCAUUUCAAAUUGGCAAAAUCUCUGUCUAACACAUAUUUAUUUUUUUACUGAGCAGCCAAAAAUGGAGGUGGGUAUGGUAGCACAAGAAUCAUAAGCAGUAAAGGGACUGUGUUUUCUCAAUAAGGAGUUCUGUUCCUCUUUCCCAUUCAUGAAACUCUUCACUCUUCUGCAAGUCUCGGCUAUUUCACUGUUUCCCGGAGCAUUUUCUGUGCCCUUCCUGCACUUUGUUGCUGCUCUGCAUGCUGUACAACACUGUGAAUGUCUCGUGGCAGACUGUCAGUAUGCUUCAUUUUCUCUUCACCAGUUAUAAUACAGGCUUUUAUUUGUUGAACCGCUGUGUUGGGUGCAAUGUGUAUAUGUCACUAUUUGGGGCACGGUGUUUUAAAGUAUGUCUGGAGACUCAGUUUAGCUUGACACACUCUCCUGCUUCUGCACUUGUAGAGGUGUGCUUUCCAUGGUGCUGAGAAACUUGCGUGUGCAAGUGACUGAAGCCACAUCUGUCUGGGCCAUGUGUACCUUGUCUUGACAAAAGGCGCUGCUUGCUUCUCUUUGCUCAGUGAGGGUAGAGCCUCAGAAAGCUGUAGCUCUCCUUGGCUUGUCCUUUUCCUUGCCUUUCAGCAGCAUGGGCCACAUUGCACGCUGAGUGGCAUGUACUCUUCUAAGUCCUCUCGCAUGUUCUGGUGGUGCUCUGUGUUCUGACAGGCACCCCAGUGCCGUGCUGCUUUUGUUCAUCUCUGACAUGCAUUGGAAUGAGCAGCUUCUCUCUAUCUUUCACAGAGCCAAGCUGACCCUGUCUCUCCUCUGCACAAGCCGGGCCUUCUCUGCCGCCUCACAGAAACUAUUGUGCUGCAUGUGUUUCAUUACUGACUCUCCGCUUUCUUUCUGGAAAGGCCCAAUUCACCAAGCAGGGAUUCUUUGAUACGUGUAGUUGAAACCAGAUGCAGUAACCCCAGAUGCUUGUAGUAGCGUUCCCUGAUGGAGCAGGAGAACCACUGGACAGGGUCUUGUUCAAAGCUAACACCUGUGCCAGGUCAUGCCCACUAAGGUUCAGCAAAAGUUCAGGUUUAGUGGGUUUGAGAAGGCAGUCCUGAGAUUUCGCAUUUCUUUUUUUUUUUAACGUUUUCUUAUUAUUCAUCGAAUCACAGUGAGAUAUGCAGUUACAGAAUUGUUCAUGAUUGGGUUUCACUUACACAGUGUUCAGAUUUUGCAUUUCUUACCACACUGAGAAAAGGUGCCCUUGAGUCCGUGCUGUGUGGCAGUAUUGAAUUAAGGUCAGGGCUGGAGCUCUGGAGGAGGGCAUACCCCCCACACCCGAGGAUCUGGAUUUGACCCGUGGCACCACAAAGCAGUAACCAUAAGUUAGUAUGAAACAAGCGUUGCAAAAGCAGAGUCUCAGCUGCACUUGCCAGGUUUCAAAUGUUCACUCUCUUCGGUAGCCGUGGCCACCCUUUUGGACAGAGCACAUCGAGAACCUUGCCUUGGCAGGAAGCUUGAUUGAGCAGAGCUACCCUGGAUGAGCUGAGUGGGGGUUGUUCCAUCUGGCUGUUGGUCCGUUUGUCUCAUGGACUGCUUCUGUCUGUUGCUGUGGGAAGUGAGUCGCAGACAGGGAAGCGCUCUCGCCUCUUCCUUUCCACUCAUCACCAUGGUCCUUUCUCCCCUCUCCCUGGUAGAUAACCGUCCUACCUUUUUCCUCCCCCGUUUCCUAAGAAUCCAUGUGUCUUCCUGAAAAUCCACUUGAAUCCCGCCCUUUAAUAACACCGAUAGUGCCUACUACUAGGUCUACACAGACCUUGCUGAGCAGUCAGAGUCUUCCCUGACUCCACAAAACCCUUUCCCUCGGCUGACCAGUUAACUCUGGUCCCUCCCUUCCCUGGCCAAUCCGCCCUCCCUCCCCCCCAUAGGUUGUCCCUUCCCCACUCUUAUCAUCAUUCAUGGUCAUUUUUCACACCCACAACCCAAGGGUGAGAGGCUGAGGGCCGGAGACUCCCUAGACUGUAUACUGAGAUGAAAUGAAGAGCGCUUGUAGUCACCUUACGUUAGUAAAGAUAAUUUUGUUUUGGGGUGGCUGGAGAGAGAGUACAGUGGGAAGGGCGCUUGCUUUGCAUGUGACAGAUCAAGGUUUGAUCCUUGAGACCCCGUGUGGUCCCCUGAGCACCUCCAGGAGUGGUCUCUGAGUGCAGAACCAGGAGUAAGCUUGAGCUCUGCCAGGUGUGACUCCCCCCACAGUCCCACACACACAAACAGGAGUUAAAAAUGUAAUGAAAGUGAGAAAAACCUGAUCCAUAUUUUACUCUAAUUGCUUAAUAUCUUGUCUUUUGGGGGAUGUGAAUGUUUUACAUUACUAUGAUCUUGCUGUAUGCUUAGUCAUGUGAUUUUAGGUUCUUUUUAUAUAUUUCUGGAGUGUUACAUGUGGUCAUACUGACUUUUUGCAAUACUUUACUGCUGGUAAUGUUUCAUGUGUUACUUUUAAUUUCAGCUUCUUUUAGUCAUUGGAAAUUUGAGUUAUCUAUAAAAGUAUUGUAAAUAAUGCUGUGAUAGACAACAUUGUGAAUGUAAUGUUUUCUAUAUUUCAUACUGUUCCAUUAAGGUAAUAUUUCAAUGCUACAUUCUCAAAUUGUCUUUCUGCUCUCUGCUCUCCCCACUCUGGUGAUGCCUUAGGGUAGUAAAAGUGAAAUGAAAACAGUCAUACAAGUAAAAAUGAUACAAUACCAAAAGGAAAACAGAAACAAUAUACCACUUACAAUAAUAGGUUGGAAGUUGUAUUCUAUUUGAGCCUCUAGUUCUUUAUUAGUAAAAUCUUGAUUGGUGUUCUCUCUGUAUGAUUCUUGGGCAUUUCUAUUUCUAGUUGUGUGAAUUUGCCUUUACAUUUGAUGAGUUUCAUUUAUUAAAGUGACUGAUUUCCUCUUUUCCUAUGUGAUAUUCCCCUCUUUUCCUGUUAAACAUGGAGCUCCUUUCCCAAUCUUGAGAUUAAAUAAAUUUUCAUUUUUCCCUUGC